AUGCAGUGCUCUUUAGUAUCACGUCAGAACUAUCAAGAGAAUUUCAAUGCAAGGUAGGGAAAAGCACAAGUAAUAAAUGAUAAUCAUAUCUUAUAAUCAUUGAGCACUGUUCUGUAUAUUGCAGACAAUUGUGUUAUUUUUGCUAACUCAUAUCAAAGUUGCCAUACCCAGUGGUAAACACUAGGUGAUAAAUGCACCAACCUAAAACUAAUCUUCCAUGUUAGCCUCUUAUUUACAAGAUUUCCUGUCGCAUUCAAUAUUCUAGGCCGGCUAACUAUAAAAAGGCUUUCUUUUUAUUGAUUUAUUGAUUUAUUGAUUUAUUGAUUAUUUUAUUUAACGUUUGUCUCGGAUUCAAGUCUCACCUUUGUUUCCUUUAAAUUGCUCGUGGUAGGUGAUCACGUACACUUUUUCCAAACAAAUAUUCUCUAGAUAGUCAAAGAAAUUCAAGUCGGACGAGUAGAGAUAUAAAAAGCAAUCAUGGGUGAUCUUAAACGUAUACCGUAAAAUGAGUGCAGUGGUAUAUUAUGAAACAAGAACAAGGUUCAAGAAAAUAUAUAACCAUCAUGAUAAGAUGACAUAAACAAGAUUUUGUAAUCAAAUUGACGAGAAAUAUACUUCAGUGCUACACAAUUGUUUUUACUUUAAAGGUUAACUACAUGUAGCUCUGUGACCUUCUUGGUAAUUGUUCCGUGUAAGAGUUGGCUUAGAGUGGAAUACUCCACGAUACAUAUCCGCGUGUCAAUAAACAAAAUAAAAGAGAAAUGAAGAUGAUAUAAAUUGACAAAGUUAGAAGUUAGCCGUAAAUGCCCACGCUGAAUUUGGCAACUCUUGUAAACGACAAUAUAGAAGUGUGAACGGGCAGCUGAAUUCGAACGUUUCUGUUACGAAAGCUCAAUGAUAGAUGAGACCUAAGCUGUUGUUUUAAAAGGAAGAUAAAACGAAAAAAUUUAAAAAAAAUUGCGUCUCCAAAAAAAUUAACAGUCCAUUAACAACCGAACCACACUAAACUUUACAAUCGGCAGAUUGCUGUACCUUAAGUCGUCUACCAUUAUUAUUUUCGGUGCUCAAUUAAUGACGUUUUGGAAACUGCGGAUGAUAGAACGUUUUUCCAAAAACGUUAAGCAAAAUUCGCAAGCAUGAAUUACUGUGGCAACUAAUUUUUUGGUGAUUUUAUUUAACGUUUGCAAAAAUUACAAACUCUUGCUGUCCCAAGCGAUAUUAACCUAAAAGUAUGCUAUUGCGCAUUUCAAUUUACUAAUAGAUUUUGUGUUAGACUCAUCACAUUUAUUAAUAAUCUAGUUAAUUCCUUUUAGAAGACAGUCAUGUUGUGACAUUUAUAUUCCUUUUUUGCAGAAGUGAGAAUAGGAACAAAUUGUACAUGGACGUUGACCGCUUUUAAAUGAGUAGGAUAAUCAGGCUUUUGAACUUCAAAUCUUAAUUUACUUCAAAAAACAUUUCGUGAGAAGCCGUUUCGUCCGAAAUCGCUUUCCUUUAGUCUCAGAAAAAUGUCUUGGUUUCGAAACAUUCCAGAAAUGAGAAUACUCUCAGACCACGAUCAGUAAAAACAAACCAUCUAAAUUAUAACCUGCAUAUUUAAGGUCACAUUUCACAAAACUGCAUUGAACAUAUCCUGAUAACCGCCUGACUUACAUCAACCUCGUUCCCAGGUUUUCUCUCCUACACGUCUCUCUCGCUCCGUAGGGACGGGUAGGAGAGAAACCUGGGAACGAACUUGGACGCGGGUGUGAAUAAGUCCAUACUCAUUUAUUUCUCUCUCUCUCUCUCUCUCUCUCUCUCUCUCUCUCUCUCUCUCUCUCUCUCUCUCUCUCUCUCUCUCUCUCUCUCUCUCUCUCUCUCUCUAAUUUCACUUACAUAUGUAAUAGAACUGGAACUCGAGGGUUUUUUAAUUGGGGUGUAUUGGUUAACAUCAUUAAGGCUACGAGCCUUCAAAGACAGGAUGGCCUUCAAUAGUUUAGAGGGCAGCCAAAUAACUUUAUCGUCAUAGCCGCAGUGUGAUGUACUACCACAAAGCAAAAAAAUGUUUAACUCAAAAAAUUAAAAACAGUCGAACAAUGAUGAAAAUCAAAAGGAAAAUCAACCGUAUUUAUAUGUUACAAAUACUAAAACCCACCAAACCCACCAAACUGGAAAAAAAUUCUGAGAUUGGCAAUUUUGUGAAGUAUAUAGGAAAUAAUUCACAAUUUUAUUAAAAAUAUUAGCACUUCUAAGAACUAAGUAAAACUUACAGAAAAAAUGGCUGGUGGAUUGACUUUUUAUUUUGGUGUAAUUUCAAGUAAAUCUAAAAAUCCUCAAAAAGCUUUUUAGAGAUUGAAGUUUCUGGGUGUAGCUAGCUAGUUACCUUUACCGAGUUAAAAAGUAGCCAGCUCACUCAACUUUAUUUCAUUUAACUGUUUUCAAAUUUUUGAUGGCAACGAAAAGCUUAAUUUAAUUAAUUAAUAGUUUUUCAGUCAUGGGUGUAAAACACAUUGCCUGAUUAUUUUCUGGCUCAAAUUAGGCUUGUCUUCUCUGCCUUUCUUGCUUUAUCCAAAAACUAUAAAGUUUGAUGAAAUAUUUCCUUAUGAGGGGCUCAUUAAUUUAAAAAAGAAAAGUUCAACGGCUGUGGAAAAUGAAUAUUUAGCGAGGAAACUUUUCUUGUGACAAUUAAAAAAUAGAUAUUCCUCUAGAGAGGCUUGAUAUAUUGAUGAACUCAUUUUUUACUUAGAUUGUCACUGAUGAUGCGUGUGGUUCAAAGUCGAAUGAUUUUGUUUUUUUGGAUUGCCGUGUCCUGCCAAAGUACACAGUGCCCACAGAAUUGUAAAUGUUCUCCAUUUUGCGAAAACGUCAGAGUGAAAUGCCUUGAAAGAGUCGUAGUCAAAUGCAAUGGUACUCACAAAGUACCAGACAGGAUUCCUUCAAAUGCGGUGAUGCUGUAAGUUUCUGCAAUGGUUAGUCUUGAGAUACCAAAUUUACUACUCGUUUCUCGUCUAAUUAGCACCGAUGCAUUCGCGACGCAUUAUAUGUAAUUGUAGGCAUCGGCAAAGUUUAAGGCUUGUCAGGAACUACUUUUUUAACAUUUCUUCUCAUUGUUAACUUUCAGUAAUGGAGAAGUUAAAGAAAAAACUAGAAUUGCGUCUAUCGCAGAACCUCGCGUGGCUCGGAUCAAGUUUGUGUAACAUUCCCGAUUUGUUAAUAUACUCGAUUUAAUCCUCUUGUAGUAAUCUCUCUGGAAAUUCCCUAGAAUCCAUACAAGAAGAUGCUUUUGAAAACCUUGUUUUACUGAAGAAAAUGUGAGUACCAUAAUACUUUGAUUAUAAAAGUUCUUCAGAAUGUAACGAAACAUCAAGAUAGCACCUAAGUACAAGGUUUUCUUGAGAAGCUGUUUGUUGCUUUGUAACCCAUAAUAUACCGACUGUAUUUUUUCAUGCGGUAAAUAUCUAAAUUCAUGUAUUUGAAGGUCAGUAGGAAUCAUGUAUUUUUUUACUUUCAUGGCGACUGAUGUCUUUUGGAUGUCAACUAGUCAAUCCAUUUAAAAACAAAGUCUACAUAAAAGCAUUAGGUGGGUUCACACUGGACUUUUCAAGUGCACUUGAAGUGCAUUUGAAGUGCACUUGAGACUAACUUGUAUGUGAACAGGUCCUUUUUCACUUGACUGAUCUUGACUAGUCGUACUUAGUUGUCACAGAAACUUCAAAACUUCAAAGUGCCGAAGUGCGCUCUCAAGUACGAACAAAACCUUCCUUGAGACUGCACUUAUCCAAUCAAAGCGUCGGAAGUUUAUUACCAAAAUGUUAAUCAUUUCGAGCCAUAAAUUUAAUUUCACUCUCGCAAGCGAGCAAGCGAAAAAUGAUUGGUGAAUGAGGAUACUUUUGACCACGAAAUGUAAGUGGGUUUUUCUCAGUUCUGAUUCAUGGGCUAGUUCAGAAAUUUCACGAUUUCUGUUUUUCACUGUAUUCGACAGCGGAGAGGACGUUAGUGCAAGAUCUGGCUGUGGAAACGGAAUGAGCUAUAUUCCACAAGAGCAAUUUUCCUGUUGUGCGUUUCGUUGAAUGCAGUUUAUUCGUUUUUCAACUCGUUCAAGCCACUUUUUCGUGUCCACCUGCAGCAAUAAGCAGUCAUAAUAUAAGUCAACCUAGCGUCUCAUGAAAGAUACAGAAAGCCACCGGCUACAUUUACUCAAAAAGAUUCAAGCGAGCCAGAAGAUUGCAUACGAAAGGGAAGGAACAGAACAGCUCUAGCGUGAGAGUGGGGACAAAGUAAAAACGAUUAAAGCGCUCAUCGACUGAAAAGAGAGGAGAGAUAUGGAGUGACAUUUACGACUAGUAUAAAGAUCGGUUUGUUGAAAGCGUUAGAACGUCAGCCGAUAGAAAGAAUAAAUAAUCUGGAAUACGAUUUUAAAUACUGGAAGCAACGAGCUCAAAAUUCUGGUAAGUUGAGCUUGUCGAACGUCAAAGAAGGUUUUCCCUCACUUCGAUUACUUAGAUAGAAUCACCCGGCUGCCGCAUUGUUAUCCUUUUAUUCUGACACUGUUCAAGAAGACUGUUAUCAGUAAACGGAAAAUCACGCUUUGUUCUCCGGCUCUUGUCUUCGCAGACGUUUUGAUUAAACACAUGUGCGGCAGCGUUUUCCCUUGUACUUAUUAAAUAAUUAAACUCCUAGAGACGGAUUAGUAAUCCCGCCAAGACUGCUCACUUUAACUUUAGUGUGAACGCCAUUUUUUUACCAAAAAGCUUAGUGCACUUCCAGUGCUUUUGAAGCACACUUGAACCCAAGUGCACUUUAGGGACUAGUGUAAACCCACCUAAUAUUUCUUAACCCGAGAUCGAUUACUGCGUUUUUCCCCAUGUUACGGAAACUGUGAUUUUGUUUAUUAAAGGAUGACCAAUAAAAACACAUUCUUUUGAAAUACCUUUUUUUUUGGCUGCGUAUAAUGCAUAAUGUAUAUUUUUAUUUUAGAUUCAUAAAGUUCUCCUCAUCCCAACAACCCGUCCAUUAAAAGCGGUUUAGUACCGCCCAGGCUGUAACUUUAAAAUGACCAUUUUUGACUGCAGUAGUAGGAAAACAAUCGCUUUACUAAUAAAUCAGCUUUAAUUUUCCAUUUCUCUUCUCAGAGUCCUUUCCAAGAAUCAUUUGAGGUUAAUUCCACCAAACACCUUCCGGAAACUAACAUCACUAACGGUUGUGUAAGAAUCGAAUCUUUUGACUGUGUAUAUUGAGUUGUAGUAGAAAUAAAUGGCGGCUUAUAAUAAUGGACGUGAAUCACGUGGAUCAUAAUUUCAUAAUUAAAAACAUUUGUAUAUAUUUUUGAAAUAUUUGUUUUUCAUUUCUUCUGGACGGUGGGAGCCGGAGUGGCUUCUUUCAUAAAAGUAACCUAUUUGCAUAUAAAAGCCAACACUAGCUGAAAUCCUACAACAACCUUGUACUACAUGCAUAUUCACAUUUUUUUUGCGUACCUACCUAUGAACUAUAAUGAUAAAAACAAGUACUUUUAAAAUAUAACACAUUUUGUAAUUUUCCAGUUAUCUUCAGAGAAACCUUUUGCAAGGAGGGUUUUACCUUCCAAAAACAGUCACCUGGCUGUAAGUACAUAGUUAAAAAGCAAAAGAUGUAAAGAUGUAGUAUCACUAAAAUGAGUUAAGGUGACUCGUCCCAGUUUUUUUGGGGGGUACCCUCCUACUUUGAAGCUCUCUGGUAUCCCCACCUUUACUUUUAUCGUAAGUCUAACACAUAGAAUGGAUAACAUAUAGAUCAAUCUACAAUAUAACAUAAAAUUUUGGGCGAUCGGAGUAAAUGUCACGUGGUUAUAAUACCACGCCUCUUCGAGGUCUGAGUCGAAAAUCUGCUGUUGCCGGCAUUUUUUCGUGAAAGUCUCUCGGCUACACAUAGUGCGCAUUAUUGCCUUACGCUGAACAGAAUUUCAUCAAAAUCGCAAAGACCCAAUUCGAGAAAUUCAGCGGUUCCAAAUUUAGGUCAUAAUUUAUGCGAAAAUGAUAAGCAAACUUUAUACGAUUAUAUCUAAUAAACUAUGAGACUUAUCCCUUUAUUUUGUGGAUCGUUAUAACAGAUGGGUCCUUGCAAGUCAGCAAAACGCUUUAAGGCCUUGCAAAUGCGCACGAUUUGGAGCAAAGCAAACAUAUAGAAAUUAUAGUUUUAGCUAUUUGUUGACGUUUGUCAGCGUUUAAGAGUCCUUCUCACGAAAAAAGCAUUUUCUUAAAAAUUCGUAUUUUUCUUCCCUUCAAAUUCUUUCAGGGCCACAAUUGAUUAACUAACUACCCGGACUCUGAAUUUCAUGGUCAUUGAAAAACUGUGACAUUAUCUUCUAUAAGCCCAAACUUGAGUAAAUAUUGAAGAUUUUUAGCGUUUUGGUUGAGUUUGUGCUUUGGGAGUUGUCUAUUGUUUCUAGCUGUCAUGAUACAGCAUUCUUGUUCAGCACGUGUGCAAUGAUCGCGCUUGGCUGACUUCCGAAUGCUCACCGAGAUAUGAUAAUUUUGGUACAGUGAGACAGGCCAUCGCGUGAUACAUACAGGUGCUUCUUGUGCCUUUGCAAAAAAAUCACGAAGUGCUACACACUAAAUCUACUUACUAUUAAAAAAAUAUCAUUUUUUUAGGUUUAAUGCAAGCCAAUAAUUAAACCAACUCGUGACGGGAAUCCCUUCUAUUUUCUCAUACUAAAUUAUCAUAUCUCGGUGAGCAUUCGGAAGUCAGCCAAGCGCGAUCAUUGCACGCGUGCCGAAAAAGAAUGCUGUAUAAUGACGGACUAGAAACAAUAGACAACUCCCAAAGCACAAACUCAACCAAAACGCUAACAAUCUUCAAUGUUUACUCAAGUUUGGGCUUAUAGAAGAUAAUGUCACAGUUUUUCAAUGACCAUGAAAUUCAGAGUCCGGGUAGUUAGUUAAUCAAUUGUGGCCCUGAAAGAAUUUGAAGGGAAAAAAAAUACGAAUUUUUAAGAAAAUGCCUUUUUCGUGAGAAGUACUCUUAAACGCUGACAAACGUCAACAAAUAGCUAAAACUAUAAUUUCUAUAUGUUUGCUUUGCUCGAAAUCGCGCGCAUUUACAAGGCCUUAAAGCGUUUUGCUGACUUGCAAGGACCCAUCUGUUAUAACGAUGCCCAAAAUAAAGGGAUGAAUCUCAGAGUUUUUUAGAUAUAAUCGUAUAAAGUUUGCUUAUCAUUUUCGCAUAAAUUAUGACCUAAAUUUGGAACCGCUGAAUUUCUCGAAUUGGGUCUUUGCGAUUUUGAUGCAAUUCUGUUCAGCGUAAGGCAAUAAUGCGCACUAUGUGUAGCCGAGAGAUUUUCACGAAAAAAUGCCGGCAACAGCAGAUUUUCGACUCAGACCUCGAAGGGGCGUGGUAUUAUAACCACGUGACAUUUACUCCGAUCGCCCAAAAUUUUAUGUUAUAUUGUAGAUUGAUCUAUAUGUUAUCCAUUCUGUGCGUUAGACUUACGAUAAAAGUGAAGGUGGGUAUACCAGAGAGCUUCAAAGUAGGAGGGUACCCCCUCAAAAAAAACUGGGUCGAGUCACCUUAAGAUAUAAGGAAAAUACCUCCAUACAUACGUUUUAUUGAGUGUCACUUUACAGGGCUUUUCAGACACAAUUAAGUAAUUAAAUGCAAUUAGAUCUAGAAUCUAUGUAUUCAUUAAAAGUUCUAUUAAAACAACAGAACAGAUAAAUAAUAACUAAUAACAUUAAAUAUACAAUUAAUAGACAUUAAAAAUACAAUUAGCCAAUCUACAAACUAGAAAGCUUAUGAAAGAUUAUGCCUCGUCGAACUAUGGAUUACAACUUGGCUACAAUAAGUGAGCUAAGAUAUGGUGUAGAUUCUAAGGUGUAACGCCUAAAAGAGGUAAUUUCUGAUUUUUAGAUCAUGUAAGAAUAUUUUGGCUCUGAAAAAUAGGCUGCCUAUUAAAAUUUUACUGAAGCAUCUCUAUUACUCGAACCGUGAAACAGAUACUAAUAAAUAGUACAAAAUAGCAAGAGGCAAAAAAAAAGAAGACAAUGGAAUUAGUGCAUAAUAGUGCGCAGUAUUCUACUACCUAUUUCAAAGGUGAAGUAAAAUCACUUUAACCUUUGGACCAUUCCGUCUUAUCUGGUGUCAUGCAUAUUUAUUUUUUUCUCCUCAACUGGACUAAACAAGUAUAUCUUACUUUUGCAUUACAUUAAUAAUCCUUAAGGUUCGGUCCUUUUUUUUUCCAGUGAGCUUCAAAGGAAUCGUUUAUCGUACGACGAUUUGCAGGUCAUCCUAAAGGAGUUAAAACAGCUGGUCUUUCUGUAAGUUUUGACUUAAUUAAGUUAUGCAACAAUUAUUGAAAAACAAAACAAAUAGAAACUGCUUUUUAAAGUGAUACAGAACAGCAUAUAGAAUGAGAACAAGACGUAUUGAAUGCAAGAAGGACUCAUCUGCUGACUUACCUCUGUCAGCACUUUGACAUGAUCGGAAUUUUAGAUACAAUUUAAGAGAAGCCUUUUUUUUUCUUGAGGAAUGCUUCAAAUUUCUUAAAAUAUUCCUGAUUAGAAAUUUAUAUUUUGACGAAGUGGGGAACUACUCCAAACACUCUGCUUCGGAGAGCAGAGCGGUUGAAGUAAUGCGGAAUAAUGAUGCCUUUUUUCUCUCUCUCUCUUCGUGGCCAGUGUUCCGCACAACAAGAACAAAAAUUUCGGACGUGCUCGGCGAAAACUGAACAGUAUGAAACGAGGAAGACAAGACAAUGAGCAUAAAGUAGUUUUUUUGAAGUAGAGAAAAAAAGUCUUUGGUAAUUUUCUUUACGAAGAAAGCAAGAGGACUAUUUCUGAAUUUCUUAGUAGACAUUUACCUUCUGAUUAGAACACCUUCCCUGUGCUUUUUAACAUUUUAUUCUCCAAAAACAAGACAAUUUCCAAAUUUUGUUUUAUGCUUUCCUUUAUAAAAAAAUAAAUAAAAAUGAACAAAACAAAAUAAAUAAUAAACAAUAUUAUUUAACUUAGUAAACUUAACUUUAUUCUCCAAACAGUUAAUUAGUCUUUUAGCUAAAAUCUAAUCCGGAAUUCCAGACUGGGAUAAGGUUAAUUGAUUUACAUGUGAAACGCCAAAUGCAAACGCGAAUUGAAAGGCAAACGCAAGGGAAAAUACGUGUGAGCAACAUUAGCGGGAAUGCAAAUGCAAAAUCUUUUUUAUUCAACCUUUAUUCAAACAUUUCUAGUCUUGCCGUGCUGUUAGAUCUGACUGCAGGUUGGCGGCAUUAUUAUAAGACUCAAUAGUGCUGUAAAUCAAAGUAUCAUCAGUGAAAGGGCGCAUCACUUGACGUACAAUCUUCUCCUAGCUCGUUAAUGUAUAAGAGGAACAAGAGGGGACCGAGGACUGUCUCCUAGGAUACCCCUGAUAGAUCUGGCGCUUGCGGGGAUUUGCACCAAUCAACGACAACUGACUGGCUUCGACAUGUAAGCCAUUGUGUUAGCCAGUUGUUAAGAACACUUGCCAUAGUAGGGCAUAUUUAUUGAUUUAGGAGGCGCUGGUGCGCAACCGAAUCGAAAGCUUUCAAAAAAGUCCAUGAAGUCAGUUUGCUCACCUUUGUCAAGGGAAGCAGCUAUUUCUUCUACUGUAGAAUUUAGAUGAGUUUCACAUGAAAAUUUUUCUUCGAAAGCCGAACCCCGCACCGCCUAUAGAAGAGGCAGACCCGUGCAACAGACCACUUGGAAAUUACAUUCUAAAUUUCAGAGCAUUGAGAUUUACAUCUUUGCGAAAGUUAAAAGGAAUUUAUUAUACAUUUUUCACCAGUAGCCAAUAUAUGGCUGUAUACUGACCAGGUUCUUUUUGGGCUUUUUGUUUUGUUUGCUUAUUUUCUUUUUUCUUUUUUUAAUUUUUUUUGUAAAAGAGCCAAAAAAUAACGAGACCAUUUAAGGAUCUAUUUAUCUUACAGGACUUGAUAAAUCGUGGCUAAAGAAUUUUCAAGUGCAUUUUAACAAUUUGAUAUCUAAGAGGAAUGGGAAGCAGUUAAAAGUCAGUAGCUGAGGCUAAACAAUGACAGCAUUAUUGCUGGCAAUAGACGGUAAAGUUCUCUCGCAGAAGUAACAGGAUUUUGCGAUGAAGUAAACAACAUUUGAAACGUCCAGAAAUUGUAAUCUUUUAGUCAGUCAAACGGUGACGCCCAUAUCUCAGUGUCGACCGAAAACAGAUUAAGAAUCCACAAUAACACUCACGAAGCGUUUUGAAGCUUGACACAAAGUAUUCUAGUAACACGAGCUCAACCGCACGUACCUAAGAUUUGUCUGUCAACACUUUCGGUAAAUCACACAAUAAAUGACUUUCGCGGCAAUCACAACACUUCCAAAAACACUCAUAAUAUUUCCACACUUAACACGGGCGAAACAUCGUCAAAUUACUCCGUAAAAGUCUCGCUUUCUCGACAUAAAUCAUCACAUGGAACUUUUCUCGACUCACUGACAGUCGAUUAUUCAAGAUCCCGGAUGUAAAACAGCGGUUGAAAAGGAGACAUACAGCCCCCGCCUUCAAGACAAUUUUUUACUAAGUCUUUGGCCUGGUCAGAAAUCAGCAUGAAUUUGAAUUUCUCGCCGAAUAGAUUUCAAUCCUAGAACCUACUUUGUGGGGCCAGAGACUUGUUACUGCCAACAACAAAGCUCGCGAUAUCCAAUCUUUCCGUCUCAAGCCCAGGAUCAGUCUUUCGCUCCAUGUAAGGGAAUCCGGAUUCCGGAAUCCAGGAAUUUUUUGCUCGUGGAAUCCGGAAUCCUGGGCUUUGGAAUCCGGAAUCCAGCACUAGGAAUCCGGAAUCCAACUUACUAAAGAUCCACUCCAGAUUGGAUUAAGCGACUCGCUGGAAAGAAAAACCUCCCCAGGGUAUAUGCCUCAACGUGAUGACAUACAGUGUAAUAUCGGCAUAUCUGGUGUCAAAACCAUAGUUCACGAGUUCCAUAUGAAAGGACAGGGUCACGGUCAGCGAGGGAACCCUUGCUUAUGAGCGGCAGGCAGGAUCACAAAAUUCGGGGGUUUUCGAGCAGAAUACAGGGCAGCCUUUUUAACCUAUUCAACCUCUGGCUAUGUUUGAUUCUCUGUUGUUCACUCGCUUCGCUGAACUUUAAAAAAUCAAAAGCGAUUUGUCCUGGCAUAGGACCGGAAAAGGUGCACCUGGGGUGAAACUUUUCUUGAACCUUCCUGGUCCUCCUGGUUCACAAUUGAAAAUAAACGUCCACUUUCAACAUUUUACUAAAACAAAAAAAAAUUCACAGUCUCCUAGUCCCUAAUUUGGUCCUAGUGGUUUCGGUGAGAACAGUUUCAUGGUUUCGAUAAUCUUUAUUUGAGAAAUAAGCUAGGUACUGUCAGAACCGUACCAAUCAGCUGUCACUAAAGUAAUCACGUGCAAGGACGCGGUGGGUGUCUUUUUCAUUCAUCCCCGGCAUUCGAGUGAAAUCUCGCCACCUCAUCGAUGAGACGAGUUUGAAGUUUGUUGUCUGUUAGAUUUUUCUUUUCUACAUUAUUAAAAAAAAAACGUUAUGGGAAAGCACAAGCAAAAACAAAAGGCUGAGAGAGAAAGGUACGUGUAAUACUGUGUUGUGAAAUUUUAUACCAAUUUUUAGCUGACUGAUAGAUCUAAACGUGCCAAAGGCAAAGCUGCAUGAUUUUUCGUUUGUGUCGAUCUGUGGACUGUAACGUGGCGGUAAGCAAGUCACAAACAUGAACGAAAGAUUGAUUUUUUUCUCAAUCAUAAUUGAAUGUGAUAUGAAGUUUACGUCGUCCGUGGAGAAAAUAUCGUAUAAAUGAGCGCUAUAUGGUUGUAAAACACUAAAAACGAGCCCACGCGUCAGAAACGCUCAAGUCUCUCUUGAUCUCUCAGUCAUCUCAGACUCGGUCGAGGAACAGACGGAUUUUUCAUGUUUUCUUUCUCCAGUUGUGCUCCUGAAUAGGCCUCGUUCACAUUGAGGUCGCAUUCGGAAAUUAGACCGAUCUGAGAUCAGUUUAGCCCGUAACUUUUUUUUUGUUUGAAAUGUCUUAGAGACCCCAGACCAUCUCAGAGACCCAGAUCUCUUAUUGACGAAGCCGAAGGUCAAAUCCGAUUAUUGCCUGUCGGGAAUGUGACAGGCUAUGAAAGAGCGCAUGCUCGAAAUAAAUCCUCAAUUUUCGACGUGUUAAACAACGAAUUUGAUAGAGCCGUGAAGUUUUUUCUAACAAAACGUGGUUAUACGCACAUCUUAAGCAUGAACCAACUAAUUUUUUGUUGUUUUUGUUCUUUUUAACAUCAAAUUCAACGCGACAGUUAGAUUGAAUUUCAUUACCAUUGCGCGUGCUAAAACCUCAAAGUAGUACGCGUCAACUUCUACGCGAGAAUUUUUUACCCUCUUCAAAAGUCUUUAUUGACACGGAGAGAGAGUUUGAAAAAGUCUUAGAAGAUAAGAUAAAAUGGUUUUCCAAGUUUUAUUGAGACGGAAAACUACUCUUUAGUGAAGAGAACCAAAGACUUUGCAAAGAAUAAAUUGCACACGCCACAGCGUAUUUUUAUUUGGCCAGUUACUAAUAAAACGAGAAACCAGGCAAAAAGAGCCAAAACGACCUAAAUGAUCCACAACGAUCAAAACUUAUAGACAAAAGAUCCACAACGACCCAAAACAAGUUCCACCCUCCUAGGAACGUCAGUUAAAAUUGAUUAAAUAAUAAAUAUUUCACUGCUCUUUCAUAUCCGGAACGAAGGUUGAUCUGUAUGGUCUUUUUAUACAAAAAGACUUCAAAACAAAAGAAUAACAGGCGAAAUCUGGGCGUUACAUGCAUUUUUCUAUCAGCAUGGCUGAAAAUAGAGUUCACAAAAGUAGAUUAAGUGAAAAAUAGAGUUCCGAGGUCAGUCUCACUCUCUACUAAUCACUAACCAGCUCCGAGAUCCUCCAUCCCCAAUUGCAUGGAGAUUUGGAUUAGAUUAAUCGUAGGACAAAACUUUAAAUUGCGAUGUCGGUGUUUCGCUACGUUUUUUUGCUCGAUUUUGCGGUGAUGCUGUGUUUAUUUUUUUCUGCGGUGUUGCGGUGUAGACAGUCCCCCAAUUUCCCCCUCAUUAUUACACCAUAAACCCUUACGGAACUGUAAUACAUUUAUUCCCGUAAUUUUGUAAAUCGAAAAAGAAAACAAACUUGCUAUGCCUUCUAAUAACGUCUUUCAAUAUAGCAAGAUUCGAACACGAAAACGAAGUGCGAAGAAAAGUAUUAAAACCGGGGGAAAAAAAUGGAAUCCAGCUCUUUUUGGAAUCCGGAAUCCACUGGACUUGAAUCCGGAAUCCAGUACCCGGAAUCCGGAAUCCACAGCAUAGAAUCCAGAAUCCAAGACUGUCCUGGAUUCCCUUACAUGGGGCGAAGUCUUUCACCCGUGUAGCCCGAAAUGCGAAGAAAUGCGAGAAGAUAUUGGACGCAGCAGACUUUACCAGAUGUGAGAAUUGUUCCUUCAUAAGGCAUUAGGUCCGUAUCAUCUUGCCCGCUCUAGGGACCAGUAAUGCAACAAUUGCCCAUGAAAUUUUAAAUUUUGAAAGGUUUACAUUAAACUGACGUUAAUUUGCUCUCUCCAGGAAUCUUGGCUUUAACAACAUCGGACCAGUUCUGACCUCAGAUAUAUUUGCUGGCUUUUACAAAGUGAACAGUCUGUGAGUUGCAAAAUUGCUACAUUUCAACUUUACAAAAAAGUACGCAUUUGAAUGUAUGUACGGGAUAUAACGCAAUAGGCUCUGCAUGACUUGAUCACGUGAUCGACUUUCGGUAAACAAGAAAACAAUUCACUUUUGAAAGAUUUUGUCAGCAGAAGCUGAAAAGCAUAUUAAAAUUAGGUAACCUGAGAAUUUUCAGCCGUAUAUCUCAAAAGCAGCGAUUGCAACGGCCGCCGAAAGUUGGAAGCAUUUGUUUGAGAAAAACAACUUUUGCCAUCCAGUCACACUUGCAUGGUUUUUCAUACAAAUCCUUGUAAUUUCGAAAUUUUCAAAACUGUCAUGAAAUAUUUUGUUAAGCAUUACAGGGCUCAAAACUCCUUUUAAUUCAUAACAGGUAAUUUGAGCUCUUAAAUGCGUAAGGGAAAGAUAUAACAACAGUUUAGACAUUUUAGAAUUUACAAGGAUUUGUACCAUGCAAGCGUCACUGAAUGGCAAAAGCUAUUUAUUACAUAGCGCGCGUGCGUGCCCUAUGUAAGUCCUAAUGAGCCGCUAUGAAUAAAGUCUUUAUUUACGCACGCCCGUGCGUAAAUAAGAUGACGUGAGCAUUUUUUUUUUUACCUGGCUGCAAAGUUGUCGUCUUUUAAGCUGCAGUGCACUUUUCCUUCUCUUUAAAAUAUGGAAGAAACCAGCGAAGAACUGCCCAAUUUUUCUAUCGGCAUUGACCUUUAGGUCCUGAUCCAACAAGCAGCAAAAAUAAAGCCGAAUUAAAAAAAAAACUCGCAAGUAGCGCGUUUCGCAAAUUUGUCGAAGACCAGCUGCGGGAAAUUUUGGCCGAAAGACAUUCACUGGGAACAGAACAGACACCAACUGGUCAUCAACAACAUUUAAAGGCAAAAUUUCCGUUUUUAUUGUUGUUUUUAAAUUUGUUACGCACUUUGUUAUCUCCGGACAAUCCGACUGAAGCAGGAAAAUGUCUCUCGCAAUAACAACACAAAUUACACAAGAAGACAUAAAUUUAUUACUCACAAAAACAACUGCUGCCAGGCCUUCUCAAGAAGCCGUAAUGACCAGCCAAUGUUCGUAAAUGAAUAUAAGUUUAAAGAAGGAUGACAGUCGUCUUCGCUAAAAACAUGUUUUCUGGAUUUCGACGAGCAAAACGUAAACAUCUUUUCAGCAAAUCCAAACCAUACUCCACGACUCCUUACGAACAUGUUAGUAUUUUAACUUUGGGUGAACUUUAAGACUCUUUUACCUUUGUUUCUGCUUAGUUUCCAUUGAUCGUUAACGAACAAAGAAGCAAAUUUUCUUUCUCAUUUUUACAGAAAGAAUAUUUUCAUUCAAACUAGACGAUUGUGGCGUGUUCGUAAUCAGCCAAUAGAACCGUUUGUUAUUGUGUCGCGCGUUACAAGAAGCUAGAGUUACACUCGGCUAUUGCCUCGUGCAACUCUUACGCAUCUUUCGUGCUCUCCAAACUUCCCGCGUGCAUAUACGCACGCUAAGCAUGAACAAUUUCUUAAUUUUCUCAUACAAAUGCUUCUCACUUUCGGCGGCCGUUGCAAUCGCUACUUUUGAGAUAUACGGCUGAAAAUGCUCAGGUUACCAAAUUUUAAUAUGCUCUUUCAGCUUUUUUUUUUUUUUUUUUUUUUUUUAAUUUAUUUAUUUAAUUUAACAAACAACAAAUUAAAUACAAGUAAAAAGUGACAAAAGACAGAGAAAAAAAAAUCACACAUCAAUUGAGAGGAGAGCAGCAGGCUAAAAGCAAAUAGCGAAGUUGAUACAUGUGGUCCUUUUUUUCUUUUUCUCUCCCUACUCUUUCCCUACUCUUUCGUGUUUUUUUUGUUUUUGUUUUUGUUUUUUUUUUUCCUUGGGUAAAAGGGCACAGUCAAAACCAAACAAAGCACAAAAGAGAUGUAGAAAAGAAAUUUAUAUUUAAUUAAGUUUUGGAGACUCAGGUCAAAAGGCUUAUAUAAGGCAACAAGGGUUCCCAUUUAUUUUUGACAGUGGAGGCAUUGUUUUCUAUUUGAUAAAUGUGUUUCAAAUAAAGCAAAAAGUUGCUUAAGUUGGGGGGAUGUUCUUUUGAGCGACAAAGCCAGAUAUGGUGCUUGGCAAUUAAGCAACAAAAAUUGAUUUGGAGUUUGUGUUUAGAUCUAUCUGGCCUCAGACCCAAAGCCGUAUUUAUGUGUAAGUAAUUAUGUUCACCUAAAGAAAGUUGGCAAGACUGCAUCCACUUAAAAAGACUAUCCCAAAAAUUUUUUGUUUUUUCGCAUCUCCAAAAUAAGUGUAUCAAGUUUUCCGUUUCCUUAUUACAAAAAGAACACUUAUCAUCAUCUCUAAGUCCAACUUUUUUUAAGAAACAGUUAGUUGGUAACCGGCGAUGUAACAAUUUGAAGUUGAAAGUGAUAAGUUUACUGCUCUUUGUGCAUUGAAAGGUUGUUUGAUAAGCGACUUUCCAGUUAAUAAUUUUCUUUAGGGGAAGAUUGAUGUCUUUGUACCACUUUUCUUGACAUGAAAUUGGCCUUUCACAGUUUUUGGACACAAUUUCUUGGUAGAUAAAUUUAGAUGGCUUUUGACUCAUAAGAAAUUUUGAAAAGCGAUUUUCAUACUAAAUUGAAAUCGCCACUAUUAUAAUCUCGUCGCACUUGAAAUCAGCCAAAUGACUAAAAACCGAGGUGAAGAAAUUUGAAUCAUCGUUGUUAGGAGCGUAAAUGUUUGUCAGCGUUAAUUGUUUUCCAUUUACUGUCAGAUCACAAAUUAUAAACCGUCCCUCGGGAUCGGAAUAUGUUUUAGAGAUUUGAAAGGUGAAGUUAUUAUUAAAAAGUAUGGCAACACCCGCCUUUUUACUAGAGCAGCAGCUGAACAAAGCUUGAUAGCCCCAUUCGGCCCGCCAAUCAUUCUUAUUGUCUUCUGUACAGUGCAUUUCUUGAAUAAAAUAUACUGAAUAUUUUUUUGCUCUAAGCCAGUUAAAGAUUUCUCGCCGCUUGACCUGGUCUCCCAAACCUCUAACAUUAAUUGAUCCUAUUUUAAGAUCCAUUUUUAGACGUUUGUGUCAGAUAGCAUCGACUGUCUUUACCCAAGGAGUAUUCUCGCAAUAAGAAACUAAUAUGAGAGAUAAAAAAAGAUAAACAAGAGGUUAAAUAAAAUAACAAUAAGGUUACGUAAAAACACAGCAAACGAAACAUUGUCAGGCAAAAUGUAAACAGAGACACGCACAUUUAAAUCAAUAAAAGGUUAAAUUUGACUGGGGACGAAAGACGCGUUUUCUUAGGCUCUCUCCUAAGUUUGAAAGAGAAGAAAAAAUUGAAAAGCUAAUAAAGAAAGCAACCGUCCGCAAUAGCAUAAGUUAUACAGUGUUUUUCAUCAAUCUUUCAGCUUGUGCGAACAAAUUUUUCAAAAGUGAACUGUUUCCGUGUUUACCGAAAGUUGAUCACGUGAUCAAGUCACGCAAAGAGCCUAUUGAGCAGUACUUUUGAAUCGUCACUCAAUUUGGUGCAUUUGAAAGACUUCUUACUCGUUUCUGGCUUUUAACCGUGUGUAUGGUAUAAAGACGAAACGCACUUAAAAGCCAGGUAUAAAUGACUGUGUUGUUUUUUGUUUUUUUCUCCCUCUAGAAGUUUAAGUCAUUGUCGCCUUGAGAGAAUCGAGAGUGGAACUUUCAGAGCAAUGCAAAAUUUGACAUCCCUGUGAGCACAUUUUUCAUGGCUUAUUCGUCACAGAUAUACCAAACUUGUGGUAUAAGAGAGGCUAGGAGUCACGUUUACGGCAAAUGGCAUGCGUGAAUUUGUAACACGUGACCAAAUUUUCUCAUGUACUUGUUGUAAAUACAGGGAAAUCAGUCGAUUCACGCCAGCUUUGUCCAUACGAAUUGUUCUGAGCUGCUUUUAUCUGCUAAGUUUCCAUUUUGGGAAUUUCUCAAUCUGAAUCUGCUGCGUUUUACCGUUUGCCGUAAAAGUGACUCUAAAUCUCUCCAUUUUUACUUAAAAAGACAUCGGCCGAACGUUUUCCACUCAUGGUGUCGUGGAGGUAAAUCAUUUCGGGUUCGGCCCAGUAUUAUAUGCUUCAGGCCCGUAGCCAGGUUUUUUUACGGGGAGGUGCAAUUUAAGGAGGAGGCGGACCAAACGAGAACGGAGGAGCAAGUCUCCAGGGGGAACUAGGUUGUCUGACACUGUAUUGCGAACGUUUUGAAAAACAUGAUAUUUCUCAAAUUUUGAAUGUCGAAAAUUGAUUUUUUUGGCCAGGAGAUAACUUUAUCAUUAUCUGUUAGACGGUGGAUGUACACAAGCCAGUGAAGAGAGCCUCUAUUGUGCCGCGAGUAUCACUUUUCUGCUAACAAAAACAGCAGAUAUUUUAAACUAUGCUCAAAGACAAAGGGCUAUUCAAAAAAAGAAGAAUUCAAAGAUAAGACCCUUUAGUCUGGUUUGUUCCGCCUCAAGGGUUGUUCUGAUACCUGGCAACUAAAUUUCAAUGUGAACAAAUUUGAAGUUAUGCUUGGUAACACACGCUCAAGACAAAUCUGUCCCGAGUUAUAAUAAUAAUUUGAAUUAUGCUCUUUUCCCGCAUUGAGAACAUCUAAAUUCAGUGGUUUCUGUAAAAGGGGCAAAAAAAGGGUUAUUUACAGUUUUCAAGAAUGACUUUUUCGGUUUCCGUGUAGAAUUAAAUCUUUAACCGAUCAAAGCUAAGCGUAAAGCUCACAAAAAAAUCAUUGAUACUCUUUCAGGCUUGGUCCAUGCAAAGCCGUUUGAGGAAUUCAUGAACUAUCGAUCGCGCGGCUACCGACUAGGCCGUAUGACCGUACGUUCUGGCUCUCUCUGCUCGUAAGGUGUCUUUUCAUCGGUGGGAGAAAACGGCAUUAACACAGCAUUGUUUGUUAUUAUUUCCAUGGUUUUAGAUUAGGGUAGCAAACCAUUUUGCUUUUAGGGUUAGAAGAGCUGCUACAUGACCUCUCUCGCCGGAAGGAAGAAAAAUAACAUGGCCGCCAAAUAGAUCCUUUUGGGUUUUAAAGUUCUCCUUUAUUAACAAACGUUGAACUUUUAUUUCGGCAAACAAACAGUUUAGUUGAAAAAGGAUUUUACAAAAGUCUCAAAAGUAGAUCUCCUUUUUGAUUUUAACUUGCAAAAUCGGCUUUGAAAAUGGAAUAAUAAUUACUCAGAGGCAAUACAGUGUAAAGAUCUGUGGAGGAAAACAACAAAAAGUUGCCAACUUAUGACGAAAAAUGUACUUUAAAAACGAACUAAAAUAUUCAAAACGCUCUGAUCAUUGUUCCUGAAAAGCCCCUAUGGGGAGGUAACAAUAAAGUAUGUAUGUAUGUAUGAUCACGUGACUGAUGAAGUCAUGCCCCUCUUUUGGUCAUUACAAACACUAUCAGGUAGAACAUUACUUUGCUACAAUUUUUCACUGCCGUGUGAUAAAAAGUCGACCCUCCACAGCCCUCAGCCUAGUUUCCCGACUUUUUCGCUCAUGUUCAUUGUCCCCUUCAAUUUUAAAUGCCGGACGUCAACUGGUUAUUUUGAAAUGCCCCAAACAACCAAAACUUCAAAAAUGCUAAUUAUUUUUAAUUCGAUAAUGACAUCUUUUCACAGCAAUGAAAAAAGCUAAUUCGGCAAUAGUCACGUGACUGAUGACGUCAUUACCCUAGAUGUGACAAGGGAAGAUAUUUUAUGGAAAAUGUUACUAUGUUGUGGUCUGUCAUUCUUCUACGUAUAAAAUUGUAGAGCUUUUUAGAAAAAUUGCCUUAAAGGAUUCUGGGAUAUUUUUUAUGAUAAUCAUAAUUUACUUUUAUAAUCAUUAUUAUUAUCAUCAUCAUUAUUCAUUCAAAAGGUUUCUAGUGGGUUCUGAACGAGAAUACCUCCACUUACACUUUCUUAAAAUCCUUGGCCUAUUCUCGGCAAAGUUUUCCUUGUUAGAUACUCCUCCAAAAGUAGAUAAAAUCCAUCGAGCGAUAUCUUUAGCGUAUUUUUGUAUUUCUUCCGAUUAGAUUUAAUAAAAAAUCAGCUAUUUCGUCUUCGGAUAGCACUCGUGAAUAAACAGCUUGUUGGCGGCUUGGCGAUGGUCUGUUGCCUUAGCACUUAGCAGCCUCGAUCGUUUCCAAUCAAGCAUACCAUCGAUCAAUCUCGUUUCUAUUCAAAUAUACCAUAGAAUCGAUGGUAUAUUGCUGCAUCUUCCAAAUAUGGUAAGCGCCAGUUGGUUAUGAAGAAUUAGCUGCGGGAUUGGAACGAAACAGAAAAAGGCGAAAUAUUUUGAAUGAAUAAUAAUUACGCUAUAAAUCCUUGAAGCAAUGUAGAGUUGAUGAAGGUUAACAGUAAGUAAAUUCAACUAUUAAAAGCAUUUUGACAUCCCAAAGUUUACUUUGUACAACCAUUUAUAACGCUCAAUGUCUUUUCCUAUUUGCAGUGACCUGUCACAUAACGACUUGUCUGAAAUACAACCGGGAAUGUUGGAAGGAAUUGGCGAUAAACUAAGCAAUUUGUAAGUUAAACAACUCAACACUCGGGUGGUGAGAGCAAAAUCAUUCCCCCGCUGAUAUGUUAUUGGACACUAAUUUUUUUAGGGUUUGAAGAUCAUUUGAGCGCUGUUAAAUGAGCGCAAAAUGUUAUCAGUAACUAGUCCGUUUUCGUCACGAACCAUAAUUAACAAAGAAAGACGCCUUGACUGGGCUCUGGUCGUUGUAAAGCACGCAGGAAGCGGCGAGAGCAUGAAUGAAGUGUAGAGAGAAACACGAGACGAACGUAUGGAUUGUAGAACCUAGAAUAUUGAAGCCACCUAUAAGGAAUCACUUGGGUUCUUGAAAUAUUUUUAUCGCUUUCAAGUUUUACCAUCACAGAAAACGAACUACGUCGAAAUUCGGCGAAAUGCCGCGAAAUUUUGGUGCAUCAAUUGUUCUAAUGUCGGUGAAAUUUCGCAAGCUAGGUAAUAAAUUGUAGCGACUGAUUUUUCGAGGGAUGAGACUAAAUUUCGACGCGAAAUUCGUAUCAUCAAAACGAAAUUUCGGUUUGUUCGUUCGAACUUUUUUUCGGUCAAAAUGGAAACCAGCCUUAAGAAACUUAACAAAGAAAUGAAUUCUAUCUUAGCUUUCAUCGUCGCAAACAUCGAUUGCUGUGAUCGCUAUUCAACAAACAGAUUCCAUGUUGCCGAGCGUCUGUUCAGUAAUAGAUCACAGUUGACGUCAAAAUGUGGUAAAAACUGAGACGUGGCACACUCGCCUGAGGCUUGUGAUCGUUUUUACUACAUUUUCACGUCUUCUGUGAUCUAUUGUUGAACAGACCCAAAGCAAAAUGGAAUGAAUUUGUUUUAUACAAUGAUCAGGGAAGAAAAAAUACCGAUACACAUACCAGCCAAGUACCCCUUGGCUGUUUGAGGAUUUGAGCUAGUUUAGGCAUUUUUUAAGUCACAAACGCUAUUUUUUGUCUCUGUUUCUUCUUUCUUUUCUUUAUCUUACUUAAAGGCAGUCUUCAUUUGCUUAAAGCAGAAUAAUGGCGAAAACAUCUGUAGAAACAGCGAGUCUUUCGUAGCGGUGACACAACUGUUAUGAAGUUUGCAGUUUAGGCAUUCUCAAGUUGUCAAGAACUCAAACAUUUAAUUUUGAGGCAUAGUCAUUAAAGAUUUUUGCAUCAAGAAGAACUGUCAUUAAGGGCAAUUUCUAUAGCGUAAUUUAUCGAAAACAAACUUCUUUAGUGCAAAAAAUUCUCAUUUUCCUGGGGUGAAUAUUCAGUCUAUAGGAAUGGAAUAUUAUUAACAAAUUAUUAUUUUUAUGAGUAUUGUCUUGCCCAUAUCGCGUUGAAUUUGGAAGCACGCUUUAACUCGGGAGCGAAUCUCACAAUAUACCUUAUACUCGUAUUGAAAAGUGGCGUUGCAAUCAUUUCGUUGCGCUUGUACAGUGUAAAUACUGUAAUACAUAGAUUUAGCCAGGGCUGAAAGCGAAGCUCCCAUUAAUAAAUUUAUAAUUUAAAUCAAACAAUAAACUUGUAAUCCACAAAUCAGUUAACUUUAAGGGAAAGCUAAGGCUAAGUGAUUUUAGAGUGAAAAAAAAAAUCUUACAUCGAAUUGAUAGCCGUAUAUAUACACCCAAAAAAUAGCAAUUAUCUUCGAUCACAUUUUAGAGCCAUAAUGGCUCUUGAUCACAGUAGAUUAGGCCUGGAAAACGAAUUUUUGGAAAACAAAUCAGGCCGAAUUUUUUGAGUUCGACAAGUUUACUUAACAAAAUCUUGCCAACAACUCUGGGAGCGUGUAAACCAACAUUUCAUACUUUUUAUACAUCACAUCUGAAACAGUAAUAUGAGGCGUUGUUUUUAUCAUAUAGACCUCAGACAAAAUGCAGUAUUUCACAAUUUUUCAAGACAAAUUGCACUCAUUCAAUAUUCAGAACCGUACGAAGCACGCGUGGGCUUUUAGCAAAACCGUUCAAAAACUUUCCAAAAUCACCUAUACGGCCAGCCGGUUCUCACUUUUGACAAGCGCCAAAUUUUCAGUGAACAUUAAAAGAGUUACGCUUCAACAUAAUAAAGAAUUUAUUGUGUUUAUUUUUUUUAUUAAAUGGUUUUAUAACGAUGUGUAAUCUUAAAAAGCGUUUGAUACGAGCAGCAUUUUGAGUACUCCUGCGAGCGUUGUUUAUGAACGACUGAAAACAAACGGCAUAGCGAUUAAAAUUGUAAGAGACUACUAACAAUCAAUAAAAGAAAUGUAAUUCGGUGAAACAUUUAAAGAGACAACAAUUUUCAUUCACGAAGACAAGUAUUAAAGCGUCUCUAAAAAUCCUGAGUCUUUAAGCUUAAGCUUAAAGCUUUUAGCCGGCUUCCUGGUGUUUACUGUUUUCAAAGAUAAACUCGAGGUAAGAAAAUUGCUCAAAGCUUUCUUUCUACAGCCAAAAUUAUAACUAAAUACUCUUCGGAACGUUUUUUCGUUCUAUAUGCGGAGAGAAAAUAUCGACUAAAGGCUUUUUAAAGUUCUGUAAGCUUAUAUAAACUAGAUCAGAUCAUUGUCUCAGAUCUUAAUACAAACGUGCAUAAAUUAGCCUCAUAAACUGCGCUCGACUUCAUGAAAUUAGAUAUUAAAAAACAAACAUACACUGUAUACAAUAAUUACUUAGGCUUACCAUUCGAGAUGCAGCUCUUGAAAGCUAUAAAGUAAGGCCAGAAUCGCUUGAGGGACUUUUCAAGCCGCAUCCAGCAAGGUAAAAACGAAAGCGAUGCAUCCGAAAUCGGAUUUCCAACUUUGGCAACCGGCGCAUUUCCCGACCAAAAAUUUAAUAAACAAACCAGCCAUGAAUCAAAGAAGACUGUUGAUAGCAGCUGUAUUUCAUUUUCAGCAUCCAGUGGAAAAAGACAGUAAAAAACAUCACAAGUUGACAAAAUACUCUGUCAGCUUCAGCUGUCAAACUGAAAGUAGACAAGGUUCAAGAUGCUGUAUAAAUCAGUUUCUGCAUGAACUCACCUGUCAAAUUUUGACCAAUCAGAGCAUAAAAAUUGGACGGUCGUAGAACGUGAUCAACGCGUGACUAUGGUGAGAAAAGUGAAAAGCCUCUGUCUUCCCUGCUUGUAUUUUUAAAUGACUGGCUGAAUUUUCGAGUCCGAGAUCAGUUUGAAAUCAAAAUGUAAAUAGCGCGGGGCCAUAGUGACAUUAACACAACACUUUCUGUCAUCAUGUCAUUAUUUUGCAGCCGUUCUCUUUGCCUUUGUAUUUCUCUUUCGCGUUGCCUUUGUCUGUUCAUUCUAGCUCUGUCUCGUUCUGCUUGCGGGCGUUUUUCACUAUAAUUUUCUCUCCUUCUUCUCACUCUGACUCUUUCUAGUUGCUUUCUUUUUUUCAAAACCAGGUGCGCGAUAUAAUUGGGCGACGUUGCGCAAUGCGAUUUCCCGCCAAAAAAUCUCUACUUUCCCCUACCCCAAGAGUCCAUGCGGACUACUUUCCACUACCCGGAAAGUCCGUACGGACGGACGUACGCUACGUCAUAACCAAAUUUUCUGGGAUGAAUAGUUUACCAAAUUUUCUUACCCAUGGUGCUCCGCUUCGCGCGCGCGGGAGCUCCGCUACUAUAAUUUGCUGCUGUGCUUGCAUAGACAAACACACGAUGAGUACAAUGCUUACUCAGUAUAUGUAAAAUCAGGGAGCAGGAGGAUAAACAAAAAUAGCCAGAAAAAUAUGCUGCGUGGUUUAGGUUUAUGCAUACCUAUAUACCGCGAUGUUUGAACAAUACGCUCAUUUAAUUAAAUGUAAAGUCUCUUAAUUUCGUUAUUCCGCGGACUUACAUGUAUCCUUUAGCCUAUGGGACGAGAGUAAUCGAGAAUAGGUUAAAAUUUAGUCUUUGAAAGGCAAACGAAAUUCCGGGCAUUUCUAAACAAUACGCUAGAUUCGCCUUUACAAAGCCGCGCGCCGGAAAAGCAAGUCAAUGACCGUAAACUAGAAAGUAUAAUCAACUGAAGUGGCAUUGCUGUGAGAUCUACAGUCUCAGUCAAAAUUUUGGGACACUUUAUUGUUUAGUUAACAACAUUAGGGAACUUAAGAACCACGACGAUGACCGGAAGUGAGAGACCGUGCACUGCGCAAGCGCGGCCAGCAAAUUCCUCCUCGUAAUGUCGUCGACGACGCCAAACAAAGUAGAACCACGUCGUCCUGCAAUCCACAAGCUUCGGCAGGUAUAAAUCCCUGUUUAUAAGCGAUUUUUCAAGGGCUUUCUACUUUUUUAUCCUCGUAAAUCCAGGUAUCCUUUCUUUUUUCUCCUAACAAGAGAUGUUGAUUGAAAAUUCGACUGAUGAAUCGUGUUUACUUCGAAGAAUGACAACACUGAGCUGUGGAGGCCGAGCGAGCGAACUCGUAAGUGAUGAAAUUAGUUGUACGUAUUUAGGAAAAGCAAAUCACAUAUCUUUAAUAUAGAGGAAAUGAACUUUAUAUGGAAAACAGCUAUCGCAUCGGAAUGUCUCUUUUUUCAAAUCUAAACUCUGACAGACACUCGGACUCGGUCAUCUCGUUCAGGUUAAAAGUUGAAUAAUCUUCGUACAGAAAGCAGAGAUUUUUCCAUUCAAAAAGGUCAGACAACAAUAAAAAUUCUUCAUUGUCAAUGAAAGUAAACGAUCUUGCAUCGUUUUAAAAGACGCCAUUGCGAAAAAACUUUGUUGCGAACGAACAUCACAGUUUUACAUUUUUGUUUACAUUCAGUGUCGUCGUCGGCCUACCGACCGAUUGUAUCUAAAGUUUCCUUUUUCCCGCCGAAACUGACGUUCCCGUUCCAGUCCUUUCCCAGUCAACAGACGUAGUCGUCGUAAUCGAACUUCGUCGUGGUUCUUAAGUUCCCUAUUGACACUUUGUUGUUUAGUUAACAACAUUGGAAGGACAAGGAGACGAGCCAGAAGUAAAAGCAGUCUCCCAACUAUUUGUCUUAGACUGUAGUUAAAUCGUUAUCACAGCGAGUUUUGUCAAAUCCAACUCGGCGACGAACUACGAUUAACUUCUCUUUUAAGUCAUUCUAGCAAUCACAGCGAACGAAACGACCCCUAAAAAGGUUGUCAUUACAUUGUGUUCGUCUUAACUUCAAUUGCGAGCCCAUACGAUUUUUCGCUCUGGCGAAAUUUCGGCAAAACAAAAUUUCAAUUCUGCAGAAGGGAAAUUUCGCCAACAGAGCAGCGAAAUUUAUGUUAUUCAACGAAAGUUCGCUGGCGAUUUAACGAAAUUCGUAGCGAACUUUCGUCAAAUUUUUCAGAAAAGAAAGGACGAAAUUCGGCAAACUUUGCUUUCACUUAUUUUCCAUAGUUUUGCACAUGAUAAUAACCUAAGGACGAUAGCCGAUGGGACAUUUAGACGAUUUGGUGGAUUUGGCACAAUGUAAGUAGUUACAGACUGCCGCUGCAAAGAGCACAACUGUACUGAAUGAUACAAAGGCAGGAUUCCAUAAGCAAAUACCCAUGACUUGUUUGAGAAUGACGCAGCGGCAGUUGUCCCUUUCGUAAACGGUCGCUGCCAUUUUUAAGACACUUAGAAAAUUUUUAAGAGUCUGUUUCUUUUAAAAAGAAAGAAAAUCGUAACGCAGGGUCAAACCCGGACCUUUUGUAUCCUUAUCUCUCUCCCUUUAACUACACUUUUACUACCACAAAGACCCGCCAAAAUUCCGAAAAAUUUAACAAACUGUUUUUCUUAACUUAUACAUCAAUAACAGGUGACCCUAGCCUUUUCCAAAACUUCUAACUUAAUCCAGGAAAUAUAUUACAUCUAUUAUGAGUAUAGGCUUGGUUACCAAUGGUGGCAUCAACCGUUUAAAAUAGCAAAGACCGUUUAAGAAAGGGAAAUAGGCGACGCAGCACCAUAUCACCUCCUUCAAUUUUGUUAACGAGAAAGCACCCUUAUUCUAAGCCUUAACAAUAACAAUAUUGUCUUUAUUCACUCGACGGAGUGUGUCAACAGGGUUAACUAAUUAACGCCCUUACAGUAAGUUUUUUCUAUAAUGGUAUUCAUUGAAAAAAAUCCUAUUGAAAAUAGUACUUCUAGUAUACAUCUACUGUAACCGGGACCACCUAGAAAAAAUUGACCAAUCUGCAGGGUACAUUGAAAUAACAAUACAUUCCAAGAAAGUUGUUGUUGUUAUUGUUGUUUUUUUUAGCCAAUCAACCGGUUGUAAGAAAUCAAUAAGCUACUUAAAGUACAAAAUUGUAAUAUUGAUAGAAAAAUUCUUUUAACGAAAGCAAAAUUUAUCAUUGCAAUUCUCUCCGUGUUUGUAACUUUAAAGGUAACGCUGUCGGCAGUGGAACAUUAUUUGGCUGUCACAAAGCAGUGAUUUUGUCAUUUACAAGACUUUUCCUCGCGAACAUAGCCGCGUUUUUUAAUAACAUGUAACCUCGAGUCAAAACUUUGAACAAUUUUCGCUUCCGUCAAUCACUCUAACAUGAACGUUCUUCUGCUAGAGUAAAAGGUCACGUCUGUAAGAAGUAAUUGGGCUGGUGGGUUUUGAUAUAUUUUACUUCUCGAAACGUACAUGUAUAGUUAUUUUUAUCAAUCAAUUUUGUCUUGGUGGCGCCAGUCACAGUAGCCGCGCUCUAAGACGUUCAGUGUACUCUUAGGUAACUGAUUAGUCUUUCCUCUUAGUCUAAGGGGGUACGCUUUGACUUAGGUCAAAAUAAAUUACAGAAGGCAAGAGAUAGCACUGAACGUUAUUCUGCGCGACUACUGUGGCUAGUUUUCCUAAAAAUCAUGGAAAAUGUUCGUAUCACAUUAAGCGAAGAUAUUCUGGAUAAUGCCAAACCUGUAUUCCUUCUUAAAAUGUACACCCCUUCCAAAGCAGACACAAGAAUCACAAAAAAACAAUAAUAAAUAAAUAAAUAGAUAAUCUAUAUUUUACAACGGCCUUUUAUGGGGAAAUGGCACUCGCAAAGAUUAGAGGGUUUAGAAACAUUGUUUGUUUGUUUGUUUUUCUUUUUUUGGUUUUUUUUUUUCAGACGUUUGAAUAAUAACCAAUUGAGAUCGGUACCAGACCUCACUGGCCUCACUUCUGUUAAAACUAUGUAUGUAUGUAUGUAUGUAUGUAUGUAUGUAUGUAUGUAUGUAUGUAUGUAUGUAUGACUAUAUGAAAAAAAGGAAAUUAAAGUUAAUAUCGUUGCUAUGAUAGCAAAGUUUCGAAGAAGUGCGAAAGAUCUUGAGGUUUAAACUGGUCAAAAGAUACUUUUAGAAUACACCUUCUUACAGUUCAGAACGUAUAAUGCAAAAAAUAUAUUAUUGCCAUCUGUAAUCCUACUUCUUGCAACAUUCUUACUCACGUAAUGUAGCAACUGAAGAUGGAUGAUGUUGAAAACAAUUUUUGGAGUUGCAAAAUUCUAAAAUCGUGGGGCUUCUUAAUAACUUACAUGAUUAAGGAUUUAGAAUACAGGACAGGGCUGCGCGAGAAUUUUGAUGAUUAUCUAUCAAACUACUUUGAAAACUCUCACAAUGCCAAAGGGAUGGUGAAAAGUCUAAACUGGGGUGCCACAUACCGACCCAGAAUUCAUAGCUAGUAUAAUAGUGUACCUGCACGCUGUAAGACGUAUACUCCUAAGAGUUCCUUCUUGCUUUUGUAUUUUUUUUUCCAGAGACUUGCAAGAGAACCAAAUAAAGGAUAUAUCAGCAUUCGUAGAGUCAGGAAAUACAAUCAACUUUAUAUAUUUGUAAGACAAAUGCUUCAAAAGACUGUUUUUACUCUGUUUAAAAAAACUCAUUGCACGAUAGCGCAGAGCAGGGUGGAUAAAUGUUGGGCGGUGAAACGAGCGCUCCGCUCUUCAUUUGAUGUGUGAUGCGGAGUAGGACUGGCACGAGCGCUCUCUCCGCGCUUCCGGUCCGCUUGAAGGCCGGCGAAAUUUUCCUUUCUGUAAACCGGAAAUCCUAUUUUCUUUCUGUAAUUUCAGGCUACAAUGUUAAACAGAUAAAUUCGUUUCAUAACAAUAUCAACAAACAGUUUCAUAUGUUUGUGUCUGUAUACCUAUAAGUCAAACUUGUUGGUCGUAUAAUGCCAAAAUUGCGAUCAAUUUGAAAGUGUUGAAUACCUCCUCCUUCCACUAAAUAUCACCUAAUCGUCUUUCGCCGUUUCGUUUGCAAAAGCUUAACACUUCUUAACCUCAAUUUUUACAUAUGUUAAAGGAGGAUAAAUUUUGUAUAACAUAACAAAAAAUUAGACUGAUAUAUUUUGAUAUAGUGGGGUUGUACUGCUUCAAACUUUGCUUCUCCGGUGCAACGCCCCAUGGCGAUUCGCGCAAUGCGUCGCAAAUCCGGCAACCGCAUGUAAACAAAAUUUAUUGAGGUUAGUUGUAAGGUUUUUUCCCCGUUUUUCUCUUUAAAACAAAACAAGAUAAACAGUAAAAACUGAGGGUAAACUAAUUUUGAAGUUUCGAAGAAACAGAAAGACGUAUGAGAUGUUUUUUUCAAAAUUAAAAAGAAGGAUGAUGGUGAUUGAAAUUAGCAUAACUUCACCUUGCACGAGCUGCGCGCAUUUAUAAAAUACACGUCAUCUAGUUAUGAAACACGAUCUGCUGUCUUUUAGUAUUGCCAUGGAUGACAUGGAUGAGAUUUUCCUUCGUGUUUUAGACAGUAUUUGGUUGUUUUUGUUUUGGAAUAACAUCGACAGUGGCGAGUAGUAGAACGAAAAUAUAAUUCAGUGGCAGAGUCAUGGAAGUAAUAAGAGAAACCCUUUGAAAGGGAUGUUUGUCUACUCCAAUUAAACCUCCCGCAAAAAAUAGCAACAUUUGCCUCUUGGAGACAGCGUACCAGCACGAAGGAACGAGGAAGGAGGGCAAGAAAACAAAUCAAGCCGCCAUAAUUCAGUGACAGCGGCAGUAUCUAAUGGACAAACCACAUCGCAAGCCCUGACCAGCGUCGAAAACAAGCGACACUUCUAAGGAGAAUCCCAGUCCACUGCAUCACACCUGUUUGCUCGGACGCGCUCGUUUCACCGCCCAACCUUUAUCCGCCCUGGCGCAGAGUGUGGAUUGUAGAACUUUCUUGCUAUUUCUCUUUCGGUAAAAAAAAUAUCUCGACUCAUUUAUGUCACACCAUGAUCACAGUUUAGGAUAUGAAAAAACUCCAAUUUUUUAGGUGCUACUAGUAAAUUUACUUCUAAGUAACAACCUUAUAAAAUACACUGACAGUAACAAGAAUUUUCGUCCCAAGGACUUUUGUCCAGCAUUGUAGCUUGUAAACAAAGGUAAGUUUGCAGUUCGCUAACUCACCAUAGAUUAGGCCUCGUGCAAACGAACGUAAAAUUGUCGGGCAAUAAUUCUCACAUUGUGGGAUAUUACAUGUUGCGUCUGUUUGCACACCCUGUUGCAUGUUAUUGCAUGUUUUUGCGCUGCAGGUCCCAACAUUGUUGGGAGUUGUUGCAUCCGUUUGCACACCAAUGCCAACGCGAACACAACAACUCCCAACAUUGUUGGCUUAACAUUUGUUGGAGUUGUUGCGUCUGUUUGCAUGUAGCUUAAAAGAAACGUUACGUUUUAACACCAACUGCUAAUAACACAAAGAGCAAUCGCAGAGGGUUGAAUUGUGGCAACAAUUUAUUAAAAGCCUAGAACUUAAGUUAUACGUCAAAAUGUCUGUAAAGCACAUUAAUAAAUAAUUAGAGGAAUAAAUAAAGUACAAAAAAUUGAUUACUUGAAGCACACACUUAUUUAACUAGCUGAAUUACAGAUAGUAACUACGACAGGAAGAAGACAUGAUUACAGACGACGCCGUUUUUUUUUUUUUUUUAAGAAGAAUUGCUGAGCGAGGAUUUUCAGAAAUUUACUACUGCACUACUUUUAGUAAUUACUUUAUAAAAUGAGCCGGCUUAAGGCCUUCUGGAAAUGUGCAGGUGUUAAACAAAAUUUAAAAUUCUGUCAACCAGAAACUGUAUGUUUUGCGUUUUUACACCUGUUAUGUAAUCACUCGUCAGUAGUCACAUCCGGGACAUUAAACAAUGUUGUUUACCAUGUGGUUGCCUAGUUCAGUCGUGUAGACAUAACAAUACCCGAUUGCAAAGAUACUUUUCUAUGUGACAAGUGUAUAUGAAAUACUUUUCUAUGCCCAACAUUUUACUUAUAGUUCAUUUGUAACUUUCUCUUCCAGGACACUGGCUUAUAAUCAAAUUGAACAACUGCCGAUCAAUUUGUUUCGGAAAAUAAGGGUGACAGAAAGUGUGUAAGUACUACAUGAGCAGCCCACAAUAGUAAUAUAUAAAGACGACUUGGAAAGGAACCACGAACUCGCAAGCCAGGGGCGUAGCCAGGAUUUUUCAAGUCGUAAGCACAAUUUUCAAAAUCCCCCUGCCUCCUACCACCCCCCAAAACAACUUUUUCAUGUUUUAUACAUCCAGCUUAAAAAUUAAAGUCUGGUUUAUUAAUAAAAUCGUCGCGCUUAGAAAUAAGAGAGUUACGAAAUUAUUUUACAAAGAUAUAGAUAUUAAUUUAAAACAAUUUUUUUUUCAAUUUAAACUAAUUACAUCCUGUUCAAAAUGGACUGGGCCUUACAAUUAUGAAAAGAUAACACAAUAAAUUAGAUAAAAAAAAACUAGAAACUGGAAAUAUAUAUCAAGUUAUACAUUAAAUUCCCAUAAGUUCCUAAAUUACAUGCCUUGAGUAUAAAGGCACAUCGCCUUGCUGCUAUCAAUGCCCUUUUCUCAUCUAUUCGCUAAAUGUGUCGGUCUACCGAUGAGUCACGCGUCGUUUCAUUGGAAAUUGACAUUUCGGUGUGAAAAGGAAAAAGGUCGUUGUUUUAGAAAAAAUACACUACUUCAAAGAAGAUAGCAGAGUUAAUUGAAGACUGAGGAUAAUUUUGUUUUAAUUUAUUUUCUUCUUUUUAUUUGAUAUAAUUUUAUUUUUUUUACCCUCGGCAUUUUUUUAGGUACCUACCCUAUGCCCCUGCAAGCAAUUUACAAUUUUACUCACAAAUGCAGUUACGACAAUUGAAAAACUCUUGUUAUGUAGCCAUCUGGAACAUUUUCUCACUGGUGCAGAGAUACGCAGUUUGAUCAUCGAAGUAGGUUUUUGUCUCAAAAUAGUUGAUCAAAAGACAUUUCCAAGAACAACACCAAUAUAUCGUUCCUUUAUUUGUAUCCCGAUAUUAAAUGGUAACUAAUUUGAUGCUGUGUUGUAGCGAUCUUUCUUUCAACAACCUUACCGUACCAGACAACCUAUUUCUUGGAGGCCAGGAGUUUAUCUUUUCGUAAGUAAAAAAAAUUCAAAGUAUGUCUUUUAAGUGCAAAAUGAAAAGGAAUGAAUAAAAAUAAUGAAAAGUCCAGGAACGUCAAAGUUGUUGCGUGUACAGUCAAACCAGGUCAAGUGUCCUCCACCUCCACCCCAUACAUUCUAGUAUGGACUGACUAUUUCAAAGAAUGUUUUCAUCAUUCACGCAUCUGUAAUGAUCAUUCUUCUUGAGCUCAAUAUAACUGUUUUCAUAGAAACUUUGGGAGAUUUUUUAAUCGACCGAAGAGGUCUUAAAUGCAUGCAAUAUAACAGACUUCGAUACUGGCUCUCUUGGGUUACGCUCCACUUGGUUUGACUGUAAAAAGUUUUAUAUUUAUUCAUAGUUACAAAGCACUCUCGUCUGCGUGGUUGAGAAUGAUACGUAACGGACUGACCGGCUGACCGACGGUCUACUUGAAUCUGUUAACUUAAAACCUUUGCAAAAAACCACUUUCAAAUUACUUGACUGAAUAAAGUAUAUUUUAACAUUAACCCUCUGGUGCACGAAAACGCAACAUGUUUACUAUUACUACAUAUUUUCAAAUUUUAGAUGAAAGCCUGAAUCAGAGUGCUCCAGAAGUGACUUUGAAAGGCAACGAUUUUUAUAUUUUUUUGGAAAAGCUAUACCUAACUUGCUCCGUUCUUUCAGGGAGCUGAUUUUAAGCUUCAACAAUGUUUCCCGUAUAAGUCGCCAAACGUUUUCUAACCUUUCAAGGCUAUCGACUCUGUAAGUUUUUCUCAUUAUUGUUGUGAAUUUGUUUAUAUUGAAAGCAGCAGCUGUAAGACCCAAAAUAGCUUUUAACAUAUUUUAAUGCACCUUCGCAGGUCCAUGAUAAAUAAUUAUCUGAAGUUUAUUCCCCGCGAUGCUUUUGCCGAUCUCAGGAGUCUAACUUCUUUGUAAGUAAUAAGACUAUAAAGUGUUGAAAAAUUCUGGAGGUAAACUUUUUCCACAUCCACCUUUCUCACUGGAUGAAGAACUCGCUAUUCGCUCACAGAUAUUAAAUAAAUCAAGCCGUUAGGAGAGGGGAUUUAUUCUCGCUACCAGUCAAUCAGCAAAUUUAAUAAAAAAGAAAACCUUUGUUUAAAUGGCGGGCUAUUUUCUUGCUGGUUACGGUUUAUCACUGUAUUAACGCGCUAUUACAUAUUUCUCUUUACACAGCAUUAGACAUUUUCUACUAAGAUGUUCGAAAACUGAAAAGAUCGCGCGAGUUAAGGCUGGCUUUUCUAUUGUCCUUGAUUCAUGGAGGCACCCUGAUCUGAUCAACUCAAGUCAACUUUCCAGGCAUGCCAGAAGGGUUCUAUCUAGGGUAUUUGAGAGGUAGAAGCUCCCCCCCCCCCCAAAUGCCCAGCUUUCACCCCAAAAAUAUUGUUAUCAUUCCAGUAUAUAAGUAACUAUAUCGGAAAAAUCAUCCGGACGAGACGAGGUCCGUGCACGCUCUUUAACAUUUCUCAAAAUUGUGUUUUAAAAUGCACCAGAUUGCAUCUCAGGGCACGUACAUUUCAAAAACUUUCCGGGGAGCAUGCCCCCGGAGCUCUCUUUUAACCUCGUGGCCUUCGGCCACUCGGGACUUCUCUCGCAAACGAUAAAUCCUAGAUAGAAACACUGGCCAGUGAUAACAACUGGAAUGGCCUUUGUUGACCUUGUCGCCGAAGACUGCAAUUCUCAUAUCCAAACAGUAUCCCAGGUGGUAACGGUGGAAUAGGCCGCAGGAAUUUUGGCGGCAUAUCAGAGCCAGUCUCAUGUUAACGAACCACCCAUAAACGCAACAGUCUGAGUAAAAAAGCCAAAAUAUAUUUUAGGAUCAUAUUUUUCAGGUUUCUACACGGUAAUUCCAUCAAAAGCAUUGAUCUCAACGCAUUCCGUGGUCUCAAUAAACUCAGUUCACUGUAGGUAUUUAUACUUUAAACAUUUCAGUUUCCUGCCCGCUGUUUAACAAAACUAUUUAUAAACAGUAUUCCUAUAGAGCGUUUGACAUUACGUCACCUGCACCAUAUUGGUUUACCAAAGCAAUCCUGUAGGAGUUGAACCUUUUUCUUUUGAAAAACUUUCUUUCUUUUUUCCAAAAAUUUACAUAGCUGCUGGUAACGUGAGUGCAAGGAUCUAUUUAUAUUCAGAUUCGUAAGAGGUCUGUUUGUUGUAUAACUUACAGGUUAAAUUUGAUUUCAUGUUAAAACUUUUUAACCUAGGUUAAUAGUCCAAUUAAAAACUACCGCUGAUUACAAACAUUAAAGACACAUUCAUACAGGGUUAACCUCGACAUAAAGUAAAAUAUUUAGAAAUUCCGUUAGUAAGUGUUUGAAAUUUGAAUAAAAACAAUAGAUAGAGUAAUAAACAGGUCUUUUUCUCGUUGGUUUUUGUGAAUAUAUUACUUAAGAUGGAGGCUAAGCCCGUGAAAAAUGCGUCUUCAGUUCUUUAAUUCAGCGGUCAUAGGGAACUCGAAACUGGACUAUUCUCAAUUUCGUUUGUCUCUUAAGGCUAGGAGACAAAAGACGUUAAGAAUCAAUCUAGGUAAUUAAAAUGAAAAUUGUCCAAUAUAUUCCAAAUCGUUACGUUGCCUUAAUUAUAAGACAAAUACAAUAACACACUAGCUGGAAGUAAAUACGUCCACAAUAUCUAUAGAUUUUAAGGAAAAAAGAAAAUAAAAACCGUGGUAUUCUAGUUCUGUGGGAAAUGCUUGAUGAAGUUGCUGUAGGCUACAUGGAGGUUUGCUGUAUUACCUUCACCUUCAUUCUCUUUUAUUGAAUCCAGACGAUAACUAACUGAAGGGGUGUCCAAAUCUUGAGACAAAAGCUGUUAACUUGGUAUUUAGUCUUCAAAAUAUCCCUUAAUUGUUAUCUUACAGGACACUCUUUGAUAAUCCCUUAACUUAUAUACCAGAUGGGAUAUUUACGGAUAUGACCUCCAAGACUAAAGUGUAAGUUCCUAUAUAGAAUCCAGUUAUUACUUAUUCAUUACGCUAAUUAGUAUUUUAAAAUACUAAAAGUUUUUGUGGUGUUGUUUUAACCUGUUUCGUUUUGUUUUUUGCUUUGUUUUGUUUUUUUAAAUUGGUAUGACAGGAGGUGGGUUGUGAUUAUUUCUAUGGCCUGUUUCAAACGUUGUGCUACUGCUGUGCCAAGCUGGCUCGACUGCAGCUCGACUGCAGCACGACACUUGCACGACUUGGUUUCAGACAUCGAAUUUAAUUAGGUCGAAUAGAACGGCAGUUGCUGAAAACAAAACACAAAAAUAAAGAAGCGAUUUAGCAAACUUUUAAAUGUAUUCUAAUGUAUUUAUAAUUUAUGAAUUGAGUUCGGCAAGGCAGCUUGCCGUGCUACACAGCAGUAGCAGGACUUGGUUUCCAACGUCGCGCUACUGCCGUGCUAACUUCGAAUUUAAUUCGAUCAAUUUAGUUCGGCACGGCAGUAGCACGACGUUUGAAACGGGCCUAA